AUGGGGCGCGCGCGCGGCCCGCCGGCGGCAUGGCGGUGAGCUGCCCCGAGGUGAUGUACGGCGCCUACUACCCGUACCUGUACGGGCGCGGUGCCGCGCGCUCCUUCCACCACGCGCCGCACUUCCAAUAUGAUCGAUUUAACGUGCAGAGCGGUGCAAGCAACCCUGGUAGCGAGGCGUACAGCGGCGGCGGCGGGGGCGGCGGGGGCGCGGCGGGCGCGCUCAGCUCGGGCUCCGCGUCGUCGGGGGCGCAGUCCCCGGGCUCCCCGCCGCACGCGCACCACGCGCACCACGCGCCCCGCCUGCGCACCAAGGAGGAGGACCUCUCCACGCACGGCCGGGCCAGCGCCGACGGUGGCGGAUCUUCAGAGUCGGAGGGCGAGUGUGGGGGCGGGGGUGGCGGCGGCGGCGGCGGGGGGCGGGCGCGAGCACAGUACGUCAGCGCCAACUGCGUGGUGUUCACCCACUACUCGGGCGACGUGGCCGCCGUCGUCGACGAACACUUCACCAGGGCCCUGUCCAUCGACAAACCCAAGGAGAGCGUGCCGAUGGUGUCCCGCAACCUGCCGGCGUCGUUCUUCAACGCGGCGGCGGCGGCGGGGGUGGCGGCCGCGGGGGGCGCCUGCGCCGGCGUCGACAUCUACGACUACGACCCCUGGCACCAGCACUACCCCGGCAGGUACGGUCACGCGGCGCACCGGCACGCGGCGGAGUACCACGCGGCGGCGCAGGCGCACCACAACAUGGCGGCGGCGGCCGGGUACGGCGUGGGCGGGCUGCUGCUGGGCCGCGGCUCGCUGCACCACCAGUACAAGCCCGUGGACUGGCACGCGCAGCACCACGCCGCGCUCGACCCCGCGCACGCGCACGCGCACGCAGCUCACGCGCACGCCGCGCACGCCACGCACCCCGCCGCCUGCUCGCCCUACUCCUACCCCGCCGUGCCCGGUCUGGAGGCGCAGGUGCAGGACACGUCCAAGGACCUGUAUUGGUUUUGAGGAGAACGCGGCGCGGCCGCCGACGACAGCCCGCCCCCGCGCGGCGGGCGUCUCCCCCCGGUCCCCCGCCCGCGUGCUCGCGUCUGAUCUCGCCGGCG